ACGGCACACGUCUCGGCAGCCACAAGAAACCACCCCCUUCCGGCACACGGGCUCGACCACCUGACUCCAUCACCGUGCCUGUCUGUGUUCUAGGGACAAGAAGAGCAGAGAGAUCCAGGAGCGAGCAGAGGCGGGGAGAAGAGGAUGAGCACCACAACGGCGUCGUCGCUGAACCCCAACGCGCCGCUCUUCAUCCCGGCGGCGUACCGGCAGGUGGAGGACUUCUCGCCCGAGUGGUGGGAGCUCGUCAACACCACCGCCUGGUUCCGGGACCACUGCUUCCGGCAGCGCCAGCUCCACGAGGCCGCCUGCGACGACGUCGCCGCGCUCCUCCCCGACGACCUCCUCGACACCAACGACCUCUUCUACGCGCCCGACGUCGUCCACCACCAACCAGCGACGGCGCUGCUGCCCGGGUACGAUGUCCUCGACGUGCUCGCGGCGCUGAGCCUCAGCUCCCCCAGGGCCAUCCGCCAGCCUCGCUAGGAGAAGCCUGCUCAUGGCGCCUGGCGGGCCACCACCUCCACCACGGCUGCUGUGCCUAGUGUAACCCCAAGCAAGGCUAGUCUGUUUCUGUGUAUACAAUACGACUGAAAAACUAGGAGAGGGGGGAUUCGGCCAAGGCGGCCGGUGCUCUCUCCUCUCCUCGUAGCUAGUUUUUCCUCCUGUUCCAGCUCAGUUCUUGUUCAUCCAGCCGUGUUAGGAAAACAAACCCAGCCCCGUGCCCAUGUUGUUGAAAAAUAUAUUAGUCUGGUAUUUACAACUCUUCGCCA